UUCCUGCGUGCUACCUUCUGCUGCCGUAUUCUCAGUAUCUUGCUGCAAACUGUCUUCUGACUGCGAUUUAAACGUUAAUAAUCAUGUCUCUGGAGGUGGAAUCCGCAGACGUUAUCCGUCUGAUUAUGCAGUACCUGAAGGAAAACAGUCUGCACCGGACUCUAGCCACACUGCAGGAGGAGACCACCGUGUCUCUAAACACUGUGGACAGUAUAGAGAGCUUUGUGGCAGACAUCAAUAGUGGACAUUGGGACACUGUCCUGCAAGCCAUCCAGUCCCUCAAGCUGCCUGACAAGACCCUGAUUGACCUUUAUGAACAGGUUGUGUUAGAGUUGAUCGAGCUGAGAGAGCUGGGAGCGGCUCGUUCACUUCUCAGGCAAACCGACCCCAUGAUUAUGCUUAAACAAACCCAACCAGAGCGAUACAUCCACCUGGAGAACCUGCUGGCUCGCUCUUACUUCGAUCCCAGAGAGGCGUACCCAGAUGGCAGCAGUAAAGAGAAGCGCAGAGCGGCCAUCGCUCAGGCUCUGGCGGGUGAGGUCAGUGUGGUGCCACCGUCUCGUCUCUUGGCUCUGCUGGGACAGUCACUAAAGUGGCAGCAGCACCAGGGUCUCCUGCCUCCUGGUAUGACCAUUGACUUGUUCAGAGGUAAAGCAGCCGUUAAAGACGUGGAGGAGGAGCGUUUCCCCACGCAGCUCAGCAGACACAUCAAGUUUGGACAGAAAUCUCACGUUGAAUGUUCACGGUUCUCUCCCGAUGGUCAGUACCUGGUCACCGGCUCUGUGGACGGAUUCAUCGAGGUCUGGAACUUCACCACAGGCAAAAUCAGAAAGGAUCUGAAGUACCAGGCUCAGGAUAACUUCAUGAUGAUGGACGAUGCCGUGUUGUGUAUGGGCUUCAGUCGGGACACGGAGAUGUUGGCCACUGGAGCGCAGGAUGGAAAAAUCAAGGUGUGGAAGAUCCAGAGUGGUCAGUGUCUGAGGAGAUUUGAACGAGCCCACAGUAAAGGAGUAACGUGCGUCAGCUUCUGCAAAGACAGCAGUCAGCUCCUCAGUGCCUCCUUCGACCAGACAAUCCGAGUCCACGGACUGAAGUCAGGAAAGUCUCUGAAGGAGUUUCGUGGACACUCGUCGUUCGUCAACGAGGCCACGUUCACUCCAGACGGUCACCACAUCAUCAGCGCUUCCUCUGACGGCACAGUUAAGCUGUGGAACGUGAAGACCACCGAGUGCUCAAACACCUUCAAACCUCUGGGCACGUCCGCGGGCACCGACAUCACGGUCAACAACGUCAUCCUGCUGCCCAAGAACCCCGAGCACUUUGUCGUGUGUAACCGCUCCAACACUGUGGUCAUCAUGAACAUGCAGGGACAGAUUGUGAGGAGUUUCAGCUCCGGUAAGAGAGAAGGAGGCGACUUUGUGUGCUGCACUCUCUCCCCCCGCGGCGAGUGGAUCUACUGCGUGGGUGAAGACUUUGUGCUCUACUGCUUCAGCACAGUCACCGGCAAACUGGAGAGAACGCUGACGGUCCACGAGAAGGACGUGAUCGGCAUCGCCCACCACCCUCACCAGAACCUCAUCAGCACGUACAGCGAGGACGGUCUGCUGAAGCUGUGGAAGCCUUGAAAUGUGGAGACUCUCCUCACUCUGGACUCUCUGCUCUCUCCUCCUCCUCCUUUUUGUUUUAUUUUCUUUUGUCGCAUCCAUGUGGACGUUCAGGUUUGGACACAGAUCUACACGUUCAGCUGCGCGUUUCCACAUCACUCGGUCGUACGAGUGUGCGUGUGUAAUAAAUGUAAAAAGUGAGUGUGUGUUUGAUUUCCCGUUUUUGAAACACGCAGCUGAAUGUUAUUUGACAGUAAAAAUUAACUUUUUCAACUAAUAUUCACUUGUCUCAGUUUUACUGAAAAUAUUUUUUUAUUCUGUUCACAGCCAUAAAAGUGACAGUUGUGCAUCUUAAAAACCUUCAUUAGCUCAAAUUAGUCUCAGUCACUGUGGGGGUCAUGUGAUUUAAAGCUGGGGUAGGCGAGAUCUUUUAUAAAACUGUUUAAUAUUGAGUUUCAUCUCCAGGUCGAUAAAUGCUAACAUUUUGUGAUAAAGCUCUCCGUUCUGACCACGUUAACAAACACGCUUUCCAUAUGUGAUGGCAGUCUUGGAAAGGCUCCGCCCACAUUUAAUUGUGUUUUUUUUAUUUACGUGUAUUGUCCAGAUCUGCUUUAGACUCUUUCUUUCUCUCUUUUUGUACAUUUAUUUACAGCGUAGGUGUUUCCUCGAACAGCAGCUUUUCCAGUGAAGGCUCUUCUGGGUAGAGCAGCCUAUAGGUGGCGCUCUCUCACACUCUCUUUCUGAACUGUCCUGUGAUUAGUCAAAGUUCUCCCAGAGUUCCACAAAGCUGGAAACAGUCUAGAGGAGGAAGAAGUCUUGUUUUUUGCCUCCCGCAGCUUUAAUGAGUAGAUAUCACUCCUUUUCAAAACCAUCACAGGACGAGGAGGCAGACGUCUGGAGUGAGGAUUGUAGAUACUAGACUUAAUUGAAACAUCCAUUUUUGUCUGUAAAUAUAUUUUUUUAAUUGAGUUAUUUUUUCCUCUUUUUGUUUAUUUUUAAAGAAGAAGAAGUAGUGUUUUGUUUUGUUUUGUAGACCGCAGCAGCGGGGGAAUAAAGACGUUCUUUAUAUUCUUCAAA